AUGGACGCCACCGACUCCUUCCUGUCCAGUGCGAAAUAUGGAUAUGACUUUGUCGUUUCCACCACCCAGGCGAGCAUCAACUCGGAUCUUCUUCUUUUCUUGAGCGAGAGCCAGCAGCCCGUCCAAUACCUCUGCUUCUUGGCCGAUGGGAAUUCCAGUCCCACGAAGAUGAUCACUUUGGAGGAGUUGCUCAGACUCACGGACAACAUCAAUCCGUUUGAAAUUUCUGCGGGCACAAAUUAUGCGGACGAGAGGAUUAAAAAACUUACCGCAGCCAGGUUCAUGGUGGGCAUCCAGAUCCAAAUGGGCUUGCCGCCCGGUGUUAUGCCGAAGAACCUGCCUGCAAUUGUUGACCUUGGGGACGACGCCAAAAAUGUCAAGUUCAACAUGUUCUGUUCACAGUUUACCGUGAUUGAGAAUACCCUGGCAAUGCGUGGACCCUGGGAACAUGGAAUGUCUGGAGUCAGCCGUCCGGAGACCCAUGAUUUGAAGGCCCAGCUGAAGGCUCGUCUCAACAAUCUGUCAAGCACGGCCUUUAGCCUGCAACAGUUAUUGUUUGAUCUGGACAAUGCCGUCUUGCAGACCGUGCCCCGGUUUGAGGGCAUCCCUGAAGGAUCUGAGGCAGAGACCAUACUGCAGCGCUCGUUCGUGUCUAUCUACAGUGACAUUGCAAGCAACUUCGGACUGCCUUUGGUAUCAGUCACUGCCAUCACAGGAACCCCUGAUCCUUCGCAGUUGCAGAUGACCAGCUUUGAGAGGCAGGUCAGCCCUCUCAAGGACAGCAAUGGCGUUGUGAUUGCCAGCCCGAGUGCCUUGCAGAAGUCCGCCACCACACUUGACCAUCUCUGCGCUAUCAAUAACAAUCCGCUUCCGGGUAUCUCGAGCUUCAACUGGAAUUGGGUGUUACCCGAAAACAUCAACGAGAAGAGCGGUAUCGUUGCGAUCAACCGGAACAUCAUCGCUCAGAAUAUACUCGAUCAAUUGCGGCCCGCGGUUCAAAGCUGCUGUUUGCGCAUAGAGCCUAGCGUCAGUGCCCAUUGGUACUGGGCAACUGGGGACUUCGAUGUGACCAUUUAUGGAGACCAGACCCCCGAUACUGCUCAGGUGACAGAAAGCGGCUCCAAAGUCGUCCUAGUCCAGUAUUCCUACUCAAGAAGCAAGGACGAUCAGUCAGGUGCAACGUAUUGUGUGCUAGAUGUGGAUUCGACCUACAGCUGUGAGGUGUACUUCGAGGAGCAGAAAAUUACGGUAAAACAGCAUCUUCUCGUACAUGUCCAUGCCCGAGUGGAUUGGGAGGCUGGAGAUGCCAACGUCUUCGACAACACAAUCACCGAUGAGUACACGAUUUCGGUAGACCAAUAUGGUCGUCUCAUGAUCACUCUGACCAAGUCAAUACCAGAAGAUAACUCUACUGGUCCUGAUUUGAACUGGUUCAGCGAUGCAUUCUCUGGCAUAAACGGGGUUUGCGAUGAUAUCAAGAAAACGGUUACCAAUUUUGCAACCUCUCAGAUGAAGAAGACCACCCUUGAUGGUAUUCAAAACUUCGUAUUUCCAGGAGGAAAGGUGUUUACCUACAAAGACCCCCGCUUUUCGGUGUAUCAGGACUUGGGAUGUGACAUUGUCUAUGUUGAUCCUGCCCGCAGUUUGAAGUCCCGAAGAGAAGCCAGGAAAGCUAUCAAGUCCGCCGAGCCGACUCUAGCAUUGACGUCUACAUCCGAUAUGAUGUUGAACUACGUUCAGGGGGAGCUUGUGUCGCCGAGGAGCAAGUUCGAAGCGCUGCAGGCACAGGAUGGCCAUGCACUCGUAUUUGCCAUUGACUCAUACGGCAUCUUGCGUGCCAUUCAGGAGCAGAGCGGCUCCACAAGCACGGGAUGGCAGCUCCAUGACCUAUCUACCUCCGUCAUCGAGACCUACUUUGCCGGGAAGACCGAUGCCGUGGUGCGAACGUUCGAUGUCGGCCAAAGUGCAAUCGAUGGGACUAUCAGUCUAGCAAUGGCUGUCUCCUCCGAUGGCACAGACAAUUUGUUCAUGUCCUUGCUGAACUCCAACGGCGAUACGUCCUGGGUUGAAAGCCCACGCUGGACCCAUGUUCCCUUCGAUGCCGUCACCGAGUGGCCUGACACUAUCACCAUCACUGGCAUUCUGUUUGCUGAACUGUCCUCGUUGCAGUACUUGAUCGUUGACCUGGAUCGCCUCAACAAUUCCGCAGUGAAGAACAUUGUGCGCUAUUACAUCGACCCAUCUAAAGAAACAGGAUGCUUUUGGGUGAAACAUGACGUACCAGUGGAUAUCGAAGGCGGCCAUUACCAAAGCUGCGUUGGCCGGGUAAGCAAUGCCUGGUCCGACGGUGUGUACACCUUAGGAACCGCCGGCGAUGCCCCUCAGCUUUCAACGACUUUGGGUCGGGGCCUCCUGCUCCACGCCGACUUUCCCUCCCAGGCUCACAGGCCCCCCUCGGCAAUCACAACUGCACGCAACGGGGACAAGUCGUCCAGUCUGCUUGCUACGACAGACCUCUACGCCAUUAGCGGCUCAUCCCUUUACUACUUUGCUGCUAAUGCCCAAAGAGAUGGCGCAAUAGCUGUUCCCCUCAUCACCAAUGAUUUUCUUUCCGGAACCGACACUCUACUAUCCAUGAUGAGUGAGGGGGUCACUACCAUAUGGGGCAGAAAUAGUAGUAAUGAGGUCUACUAUGUCUCAUGUCCCAACACGGAGCUGACCAAGCCCGGAUCAUGGAGCACACCAGUCCCAAUAUUGACAAGCAUCGAGCGGAUUUCUGCUUAUAUCAAUGGCAUCGAUGGGGGAAACACCAUCUUCGCCUCAGGCAAUGGACGGUUAUUCGUACUAACCCAAGCCACAGUCACCGAGGCAAAAGUGUGGCAGGCGCAAGAUAUCAAGGUGGCCGCCCCGGCAAAAGCGGCACCGCUGUCUUUCUACUCAUAUACGACGAAUAUCCAGGUGACAGACACGGAGAAGGAUGUGCCAGCCGGCAAAACCACCCUAAGCCUUGCCGCCGAGGUGCGCACUCCCGUCUAUAUGAACGGACUCUACUAUGUACUGGGACCCAACCCCGUCAAGGUGGCCACAGACGCUGGUGGAUCAUUGUCUGUGAUUCAGGCAACCCAGGACCUCAACGCGGUAACUAUCACCGCCACCAUUAAUGGUGGAAGCGUGGGCACUGUGAUCAAUCCAAUGGAUAAAUCGUUCCAGAAGCUCACUAGCCUCAAUUCCGCUGACGCGCUCCGCGAUGCAAGCUUCCCGACCAAGACCACUGCCGGCGGUGUUCUUGAAGACACAUCGUCCACGCCUCUCGUGGCCCCCUCAACUGACGAUAACGAUGUCAAAACAAUCGCUUCCCACAUGACCAACCUGCAGACCGUGUAUGACAAGGCCCCGUCAAAAACCGCAUUGCUAUCCAGGCAAUUGAACAGACAAAGUCUCCCAGGCCUGCGGCCCGUCCGCUCGACAACUCCGGCCCAACGAGUCGUCCCUUCAACGCGGUUCCUCGCCUCUCGAAGCCCGUCGGGGUUCUUCGACGGUAUCUCCAUCGCAGCCGGUGACGUCUUCCACUGGUUGAAAUCAGGGGUAGAGGCCGUGAUUGACAUCGUGUAUGAUGCUGUCAGCGAUGCGUGGCACUUUAUCGCCACUAUCGCCGGUAAGGUAUACCGCGCAGUCUUAGACACUGUAGACGCCAUUGUUGGGGCUGUCGAGUGGGUGUUCAAUGUCAUCAAAACAGCCAUUGUGGAUCUCAUCCAUUUCAUUGAGUUUCUCUUCAGUUGGAACGACAUCAAGAGAACCAAAAAUGUCCUCCACAACGUGGUCAAACUCUACGUGCAAAAUCAGGUGGAUCAGAUCCCCCGGGCUAAAGCCGCCUUCAAUGCCCACAUUGCGGAGGCCGAGCAGAGCUUGGGCAAGUGGGCAGGAAUCACUGACUGGUCUCCGAUAGGAUCUGCAGCCAGCCAGCCAGCAUCGGGUAAUACCUCUAACCCAGCUAAGGGGACAAACCUCGGGCUCACGAACCAAGUCCAUCACGUUAGUAUCCUGGGUGACCUCCCGUCGCAGGAUGAUGUUCAAAGCCUCGUUGACCAACUCUUGACUGGGCUAUCCAAUGAGGGUGCCGUGCUCGGCCAGGUGUAUAACCAACUUCGAGCCCUCGCUAGUGACUUCAGCAGCUUGAACGUGGGUGACGUCCUCAAAAGGCUUGCGGUGAUAUUAGCCGACGGCGUGUUGUCCAGUGCUCAAGUGGUGGUUGAUGCCUUGCUGGAUGUCCUCCAACGUGUUGCAGAAUCAGCCAUCGGCCUCCUGGAUACAAAGAUGCAUAUCCCCAUCAUAUCGGACAUCCUUAAUGCAAUUGGUGUGCCUGACAUCAGUUUCCUUGAUUUAUUCACUUGGAUUGCCGCUGUUGGAUAUACCGUGGUUUACAAGAUCGCGAACAACGAAGCCCCCUUCCCUGAUACCAGCGAGGUUAGCGCUAUUAUAUCGGCGUCAACCUGGGAUGAUCUAUCAGCUCUGUUCCACCCGAAAUCUGCCAAGAAGGUCAACAAUAUAGUACGUCGCGCUCCAGUCUCCGCCUUGAUCACCCUCCCCGAGGCCGUGCAAAGUGCACUCUUCAUUGCCUCCCACGCCACCGCUGGUUUCAUGCUGUUCGUCGGCGACAUCGUGGGCUCCCUAGAAGCGGAGUUUGUAUCGGGCGAGAACCCGUUCUCGAUCCCAUCCGCGGUGUUGGGCGUUAUCGUCGCUGCGUUCGAAGGGGGCGGCAAUGCCCUAGUUCCGAAAGCUCCCAUUGACAACACUGCCGUCACCGUGAUCUCCGAUGUUACGAUUGCGGCGGUGAUUGUUAGCAAGCUUAUCUUCAGCGGCCCCGUGCAGAGCAGACUCGGAGCAUCCAGCAGUAAGUUCUCUGGACUAGCAGUCGACGACGGCCGCGCAACGGGCGCAAUUGUCAACACCAUAUUGAUUUUUCCUGCGUUAUUCGCCACCGGAUGGCAUUUCUACGAGCUCUCUGGGAAGCCGGAGGGGGCAGAAAGAUCUGCUGCGAUUGUGGGUGAGGUGUCGAAUCUGACGUCGUACAUCUCUCGGGUGUCGUAUGCUGUCGCUGUCAAUGACAUGGAUCCGGCAACUAAACAGAUUCCUAUUGGUGUGAUGGCGGCCAGUAACCUCGUUGAUGCCGGGUUGCAGACAGCUGAAGCUAUCAUUCACUAG